UCCAACGAAGACUGUAGUAACUCAAAUUUUCCACUUUUUGAGUUACGAGCGCAAAACAAUAAAACAUAAUGAUAUCUUCCCCAGGAAAGAAUCGUAUCUCAGUAAACGUAGUUAUGCAACCAAUAUUACGUGUAAGAGUUUUAUAGUAUCUCCGAUUUAUGAAAAACAACCGUAGAAAAUCAUCGUAUCUUGAGUUACAAUAGUCUUCGUUGUUAUCUGAGGCGAUAGCAUAGGUAUCGUAACAUGAGUUACUACGGUAUUCUGCGUUAGUUUAAGGUUAUGUUCAAAAGUUUAGUUUUGUUAUAAUUGCCAUAAUGUGUUCCAGAAGUGAGUUAAUAUUGGAAUUAGCUGAGAAAGCGUAUAAAAACACUGAAACGGAUAUUUCUUAUCGUUCUUUUGAAGGUAAACAUAUUGCUGAAAGUAUUGUAGAAGAAAGCAAAUACAAAAAGGCGAAUGAGGAUCCUGGUGACCACGAGACUGAUAUUAAUCCUGAAUGUUUUACAGUAAGCUUAGAAGAGAAUGAAGCCAAUAGGAAUGAAAAUGAAAUAAUUGAGAAUGAAAGCGAUGAGGAACCAUUUCAUGCAGACUCUGAUACUGACCCAGAUUACAUUCCGACAGAAGACAAAAACAUCCCUGAAGUAAUAAUUGAACCUAAUAAGAAUAUAACUGAAGCAACCACAAAUAGAAAGAGAAGAAGCAGAGGCAAUAUAGAGAGAGUAAGUAGGAAAAGAAUUAGAGACGUUAGUGAGUGGGCGGAUGAAAAAUCUAAAACAAGUCUAAACCUGGGACUUGAACAUGAAAAUCGAAAAGGUAUUCAAAUUAAAGGAAGACAGAUGGGUGCACCAUGCGCAAACACAUGUAGACUAAAAUGUGCUACCAAAAUAGCUAAAGAAGAUAGAGACCUUUGUUUCAAUGAAUUUUGGAAGUUAAAAGAUCAUACGAGAAAGUGGGAUUUUAUUGCUCGUCAUGUGAGACAGGUUGCCAAAAAACAAGUAACUAUUACUGCAGAACAACGGUCUCGAAGAAAUUACUCUCGAGAAUAUUACUUCUACAUUCGCAAUGAAAAACAACGUGUUUGCAAAACUAUGUUUUUGGAAACCCUUAACGUUUCAGAAACUUGGAUCACUACAGCAUUAAGGAAACUGAAAGAUGGUGGAUCAUUAGAGGAAGAUAAACGUGGAAAGCACACUAACAGACCACAUAAACUAUCACCAAAACUUAUAGACAACGUAAAAAAUCACAUAAAUCAGUUUCCUGUAGUACCUUCCCAUUAUACCCGUAAGAAUACGAUGAAGAUGUACCUUGAAGAAGGGCUAACUAUCCAGAAAAUGUACCGAUUGUACAACGAGCAUUGCAAAAAAAAUAACAUCACUACAGCUGCCACGUCACGCCAGUAUAGAGAUAUUUUCAAUGAACAGUUCAAUAUUGGGUUCUUUAAACCAAAAAAGGACCAGUGUACUGUUUGUUCUGUUUUUAAUAUGGCUAGUGAUCCUGAAAAAGCAAAAUUGCUCGAACAAUAUGAGUCCCAUAUGAAAAACAAAGAAGUUAUCAGAAACUUAAAAGACAUCGACAAACAGCUUGCACUAGAUGAUAAGAGCUUGUGUGUGGCUUGCUUUGACCUUCAAAAGGUUUUAGCUACCCCUUUGUCUAACGUAAGUGAUUUUUACUACAAAAGCAAAUACUCUACAUAUAACUUUACAGUUUAUGAUGUUGGAAAUAAUCAGGGUUACUGCUAUGUAUGGCACGAGCAGGUGGCUAAAAGAGGUCCUAAUGAAAUUGCCAGUUGCCUCUGGAAAUUUUUAGAUCUCAAGGCACAACAAAGUGUUAAAACGAUAAUAUUCUACUCAGACUACUGUGGGGGACAAAAUAGGAAUCGUUUUGUGUUUUCUAUGUUUGCUUUUGCUGCUGCUCAUUUUCAUAUUGAUAUUGUUCACAGAUUUCUGGAAAAAGGCCACACUCAGAACGAGGGUGACAGUAUGCAUGCUGUUAUCGAAAAUGCAAAGAAAAGGCAAUCGGUUGUAUAUGUGCCAGAACAGUGGGUUACAUUAAUUAGAAUGGCUAAAACUACAGGAAGAGUUUAUGAUGUUACGGAAAUAUCCCAAGAUAAUUUUUUUAAUUUUAAAAAACUGACUGAUACCGAGAAUUGGAAACUUGACAACGAAAAGAAAUCAAUAAAAGUUAGCAAAAGACGAGAAAUAAAAUUUUCGCAUGAACACCAAAAUUCUAUAAUGUUUAAAUACGAAUUCGAUGAUGGUUUUAGAGGUUGUGACAUAAAAUUAAAUCGAAAAUGCAGAGGACGGCCUUCCACUACUAUCAAAUUUCCACCGAAACUGUAUGAUGCACCAUUACCAAUUGAAGAAAAAAAGCUAAAAGGAUUACUGUGGCUGUGUAAUACCGGCAAAAUACCCACAAUGUACCAUGGAUUUUAUAAAAAUCUUAAUUCAAAGAGUUAUGUACCUCCUAAAGUCGAGCUCGAAGUUGAUUCAGUUGAGAGCGAAGAAGAGUCGGAUGAGGAAAAUUGA